AGCAACACCUUCCUCGGUCCUGCGCGGAGAAACCACUCACCCUCUCCCGUCGCAAUGUUGCACCUUCGCCUUGUAGUAUUUGUGGCUAUGUGGCUCGCUCUGUGCGCCUCACACAGACUCAGCUGCAAGUAUUACUGCCCUGGUCCCUACGCAGACCAGUACGCAUGCUGUGACCCGAGCCCGAAGCCUGGGACUUGCCCGUCGCCUCCGAGGUGCACCGACUUCUUUGACGGCAACGUUCCUUCUUGCUACAUCGACAGCGACUGUCCCCGGGACGAGAAGUGUUGCGAGGACGCUUGCAAUGCAGGGAAGAUCUGCAUUUCAGUGCACGGUCUGAGACACUAGUUUUGUUGCAGUGUUGGUUGCACUGGACUAUAACAAUAAAGUAUAUUGAAACAUA